AAUGUCAUGUUAUGUCAAAUCAAAGUGUAUGUAACUGGCGCGCUUCGGUUUACGGCGAAAUUUAUUUUGUUUGUUUGAAUAGUUUGCGGAGCAGUGAUUUAAAUAAUUUCAAUUAUAAGCGAGGAAAUAUAAGAUAUAUGAAGCUUUAAAUAAACAGCAAUCAGUAUGGAUAUCAGUGAAGGCACAACAACAGAUGACUUGUGGACACCCUACAAGGAGUUGGUGUCAGUGGUAGAAGGAUAUUUAGCCCAUGAAAGUGGCGGUGCUCCAUAUGCAGUUCACACCUUUGAGUCUCUGCUGCGACGGCACAAACAGACUUUCUUGUCUUUGUUUAAAAAUCCUGCUAAGAAUCCCGCAAGUCGAGAUGAAAUCAAAAGGGGCAUCACUGAAGGUGUUAACUUGCCCAGCGUUGGCAGAACACUACUCUCCAAGGAGUUGGUGGACGAGGCUAUCAUCAUAUCAGACAUGUACAACGUGAACGAGUACCUGGCCCUGGAGCUGCUCCACACGGCGCAGCGGCAGUCGGGGCGGCACCCCGGCCUCCCUCGGGGGUUGGUCGCCGUUCUGCUCUACUACGACGGCCGCCGGUCGUUGCUCCAAGCGUUAAAAGAGUUAGUCAUGGCCCGGGAUGGAGUUUGCUGGACAAUAAAUGCACGAGAAGAGAUAAUCUCUUACGUGUCCCGAUAUGUAGAACAGUUAAUAUCGGAUGGUCUACUUGGAAAUGUAUUGGACGCUUUACGCCGUUACACGCUACAGGGCGAGCUGGAGUUACUACAGAACAAUCGGGCGUUACCGCCUCAGAGGCAGCACGCGAGGCUUGUGGCUACCAUAGAGAAUACCAGAAAAUUACUUGCCGGCGUUGUCUUCGCGGCGUCAGCACAACGCGGUUUGGAUAGAGAUAUCAUGUUGAGACUUUUAUCCGAGCAAACCACAUCACCAAGCAAAGGGCCGACGGGCGCUUUGGAUGAGAUCUCUUUGGCAUUGCAUAUGGCGCUGCUGUACGCUUUAGAUUUGUCCGUUAUACACGGUCGCGAAGACGGCGAAGAAUUAGCCAAAAAGCUACCACUAAUCCAGGAUCCAGAUUUGAUAUCAGUAUUACUCGACGAGCUUACACCAAAUCCGAACCAAACCCAAGGGCAGGACGAGAAAGGCGGUGGGGUCAGAGCUUUAUGUCAACUGGCGCUUGGAUUGGCGCUAGCGGCGUUGAAGAGGGCGCCACAGUCGCUGCUGAGAAGACCGCCACAGGAUAUAAAACCUGAGUUGUUGGAUCAAGAUGAAAUGUUGGUCGAUGCCGCUAUAGAUGGGAAGGUAUUCGAAUACUUAGACGAAGCUAUUCUGUCCACGGACUUCGUUUGCAAAGAGGAAUAUUACCAGCGGCGGUUACACAACCUUAUAACGGAUUUUAUAGUGCUAAUGCACUCUAAACUUAUGGAGAUGAGGGUCAAGGCUGACGAAGCAGCAAGAGCGGUACAAAUGUACGCAGCCGAAGGCAUAGUGCCACCAGCCGGGGCCGGACAGAAUAGAACAAGACUGGACGCGUUGCUGCGCUGUGUGGAGAGACUGUACUCGCACGACCCGCUCGGCCUCAGACACGAUUACUGGCUCGCUUGCACUCAGAACGCGUCACAUUCGGCUUCCUUCAGGACGGGCAGCCGUGCAGCCACACUAUACAAGUUCGUCCGUCUGUCCGGGGAGUUGGUCUGUGCAGCCCUACUGCCCGCUUACCUGCUAGCCCUGGCCAGCUUGUGUGUAGCGCGCCACACGUGGGCGCUGCUGGCCCGGCGGGACGCGCUGUCUGCCCACCACCUGCUGACCGCGCUGGCCAGAUAUCACAGCAACCUGCGCGCGGACCCGUCCCCGUUCUCGGAGCUUGCGCACGCGGCGUCGCUGGGCGCGUCCGCCGUCACCACGCCCGCCGCCCGCCCGGGCAAGCUGCUCGUCAGGCAAGAGGAGGUGGAAGCGAUGAUAGCGGCGUUGAAGUUGAUAGCGGCUGUGGCGAGGGAAGACGAAGCCGCUUGCGCUAACAUAUGCGAGAAUCUGCAGUGGGACGCCGUCAACGUUAUGUUUGGUCUGAUCUGCUGCCACAUCCCCAUCCAGCUGAAGGCGGAGCUGUGCCUGACCCUGGGAGCCCUGGGGCGCACCGCGGGCACGGCGGGCCGCGUGUGGGCCGCGCUGGAGGCCGCCCGGCUGGUGGGGCCCGCGGCGCGCGCCCUCGACCACGAGCUGCAGGAGGUGGAAUGCCGCAUGGAAGAGUACCCCCUAUCCCGGGCGUUUCUGACCCUCCUGGACUCUCUGUGUGCGGCCGCGCCGCUGCCCCGGGCCCUGGGCGCGGGCGCGCGGCCCCCGGGGCUCGAUCCCUACGUGCAGUACGUGCUCGACAAGCUGGCCUUGCCCGCGCCCCACAGACCCCACGCUAAGCCAACGGAGAAAUGGCAGAUACUAUCCCUAUGCUUCCGUCUAUUCGCCCGCUGGCUCGACCAAUACGAGCCAAGCGCGUCAGAUUUCCCCCCGCCGGGAAGGGAACCUGAUACCAACCCGCCGCCCGGAUUCAGACUGCUUUUACAACUACACACAAAGUCUGAGCUACUACGAUUACUGCUGAAUUCUCUGGAUGAAACGCAGCAGUUGCUGGAUAGCCAGCCUGAUGGAAGAGUAUACAUAGAACAGUGUCUCAUCAGCGUACUGCAAAUAUUAGAGAGAGCAUUGACGUUAGAGCGGCCGCUAGUCAACGCAGCGUCAGAAUCCGGUCGGGCUGUACUUAUUGUCGGACUGUCCAAACUUAUACUUGCCCCAGAAGGCCCAGAGAGCCAAGACCGCCUGGUGACGUGCUGCCGCGUGCUGCAGCACGCCGCCACCCUGCCGUGCGCGUGCGCGCGUGCCGUGGCGCUGCUGCUGCGCGCGCUGCAGACCAGCUCCACGGCCGCCAGGCACCUGCUGGCGGCCGUCACACACCGCCACAGCUUGGCCAGGGACAUCAGUGCUGUGGCGCUGCUGCUGCGCGCGCUGCAGACCAGCUCCACGGCCGCCAGGCACCUGCUGGCGGCCGUCACACACCGCCACAGCUUGGCCAGGGACAUCAGGCACGGCUUCGUGGAAUGUUUAGAAGCUGAAGAGCUACCCGAUCCAGAAGAAGCGGCCGCUUCGCGUCGCGCCAAAGAAGGCAUAGUGGCACUUCUCAUACAGUUACUGCCUUCGGCUCCGCCUAACUUCGCUCAUUUCUUGUUGGGCUACCAGCUGACUGACCUGGUGAGCCGGAGCGCUUUACACGAGCCGGGAGUGGCGGGCAGCCCCCGCACUUGCCUCCACGCCAUAUUGGACAUCCUGGACAAACACAUCGCAGGGCAUGCCGCCAAUGAGAGACAAGCGGGCGGGCUGGUGGAGAGCUGCUACCGGCUGGUGCACGCGCUGGCGGCGCGCCCCGCCACGGCCGCGCCCGCGCUGCGCCUGCUGCGCGCGCGCGACCACUGGCUGGCGCGCCACGUGCGCGCCGCGCGCCCGCUGCAGACGGCGUCAGUGGUGACAAUAUCGUCUCGGUCGUGGGUGCUGCGCGCAUGCGCGUGCGAGCUGGGCGCGGCGGCCGCCAGCAAGCAGCACUCCGCGCUGGCCGUCCUGCUCUCGCAGCUCACGCAGCCGCACCGGCACACGCAGGAAUGGGAAUGGUGUCUGCUUCGUAAGACAUUGGAGGGGUUGCCAGUGAGCGUCGAAGCGGCCGCCGAGCCCCGCUGGGAGCUGUUCCACGCUCACCAGCUGAGGCAGGCAAUCGAGUCUUGUGAUCUGCCUACCGGUCUGGGCGGCAAGCGCAUCAGCGUAACGCGAGUACACGCUUUACUGUCUCGUGAACUGGCCGCUUUACAGCCCACCGCGCCUCAGAGGAAUCUCGUCGCUAUGGAAAUACAAAAAGUACUAGAUUACGUGACAGAGGUGAACCGCCAGCGCAAUCUAGCGGCCACUCUGACGCACUAUUACGACUCCUGGCGGCAACUCACCGAAAUUCUCUUCUGCGUCGCUCCACAUGACAUCCUGAACCUCGAAUCGCGAAAGAACCUGAUCCUGAACAUCCUGCAGGACCUCCUGAACAAGAUACCGCCGGCCGAGGUGUUGCCGCAACUAGGAAAUCUGGCGUCAGGAACAGUGUUGCUACUAUUAGUGAACUUGAGACACUGUUACAUACUUCAGAAGAGGGACACCAGUUUGAAAUCGUCCGAUUUCGAAACGACAUUCUUCGGACCGUCGAGUCAGAUCAUGCAAACUAAAUCGUUAACGCUAAAGUUUAUAUUGCACAAGAUAUUAAGCUGGAUUCUAGUGUCGGGCGGUUCUACGCAGAAAAUGCGCGUCAACUUAUACGGUGCACUGUUGAAUUAUUUGAAUAUAGUGAAUUUGAAGCCUAGUCCGGCCGAGCCUGAUGAGGGGAAUGAUGAUACUACGUAUGUGAGUCGGCUGGACAGUUCCAAAGCUAGGCCGAGUCGUGAAGAAUCCUGUUUGAAGUCAAUGGUGAUAGAUGUCAUUGGAAGUUUUGGUGAUAAUCUGUGUGCUAUAGUGUGCAGUGAUUGUAUCGGCGCCGGUCACGACGUCUGCCGCAUGGUGGCGCUAGCGUGCCUGGACACGCUGAUAGAGAUCAACCCGGGGACUGAUUGGAUGAAUACGCUGAUCAACCAGGGCUAUCUGAGGAGUCUCAUUGAUAGCUUGCUGCAGGAUGAUGAGGGGUUGCAAGAGACGCUGGAACCCAACCCGCGAUCGCUGCGCGUGCUGUACAUGUACGAGUCCAAGAUGGCGCUGCUGAUCAAGAUGGCGGGCAGCCGGCGCGGCGCCGAGACGGUGGCGGCGCAGGGCGCGCUGCGGCGGCUGGCGGCGCUGCGCGUGCUGCGCGCGCACCCCGACGUGCACGCGCGCGCCGGCGCCGGCGCAGGCUUCGUGCCCUCGGUCGCGACCCGGUUCAGACAAAUCCUAGUGCCUGUGCUGGCGCUGUGCGACGCUCUGCUCACGACGCUCGGCACCCAGAACCACAGCUGCGUCAUACACGUGUCCCACCUGCUUCUCAGCCACCUGGAGUGCGCCGACGUCGUGUUGAGGGCAGCCCACCCCAACUCCCCACCGGAACUGCUGGAGGAAGUUGAAGCGUUCACUUCAGUCAUCGGUCGGGCAUCGAACCGGGAGGUGUUCGGUGCCGUACAAGACGACACCGCGUUGCAGCACAGCGCGGCGGGAAUACAGAGGGUGCAGGCGCUCAUGUUGGCGUUACUAGCGCGCUUCACCAAAGUCCCGAGCGUUAGUGGUGCGCAGCCGCAGCCUGAGAGCGACACGCUGUAUUAUAAGAUCGUGUGCAACCUCCUGACCUACGCUCGUAACAUCAUGGACACAUCCGGAACGAGGGUCAUCCUCCGCCUCUCAGCCGGCAGCGCGGAUUCCGCUGACGCGGCACCGAGCUGCGGCGCCAUGCUCCAGCUGCUCCAGGCUCUGCUGCAGCGUCUCCAGCUGCACUCCAAGCUGCUGCAGAGUGUGCUCCACCAGCUGCACAGCUUGCCGCAGAUGACGCAGGAUGGUGAGUUGGAAACGGUGGUCUAUGGAUUCUCAAAUGUCAGGAGUAUGGCGCCGCAGCUGCUCCAGGCUCUGCUGCAGCGCCUCCAGCUGCACUCCAAGCUGCUGCAGAGUGUGCUUCACCAGCUGCACAGCUUGCCGCAGAUGACGCAGGAUGGUGAGUUGGAUACAGUGAUCUAUGGCUUCUCAAAUGUCAGGAGUAUGGCGCCGCAGCUGCUCCAGGCUCUGCUGCAGCGCCUCCAGCUGCACUCCAAGCUGCUGCAGAGUGUGCUCCACCAGCUGCACAGCUUGCCGCAGAUGACGCAGGAUGGCUAUAGCGGCUCCAGGCUGCAGCUGCUCCAGGCUCUGCUGCAGCGCCUCCAGCUGCACUCCAAGCUGCUGCAGAGUGUGCUCCACCAGCUGCACAGCUUGCCGCAGAUGACGCAGGAUGCGGCUCCAAGAUGCGGUGUCAUGCUGCAGCUGCUCCAGGCUCUGCUGCAGCGCCUCCAGCUGCACUCCAAGCUGCUGCAGAGUGUGCUCCACCAGCUGCACAGCUUGCCGCAGAUGACGCAGGAUGGAGGAUGCUAUAGCGGCUCCAGGCUGCAGCUGCUCCAGGCUCUGCUGCAGCGCCUCCAGCUGCACUCCAAGCUGCUGCAGAGUGUGCUUCACCAGCUGCACAGCUUGCCGCAGAUGACGCAGGAUGGUGAGUUGGAAACGGUGGUCUAUCGGAUGGUGAGUUGGAAACGGUGGUCUAUCAGUUCUCUGUUAGGAGUAGGCUAUAGCGGCUCCAGGCUGCAGCUGCUCCAGGCUCUGCUGCAGCGCCUCCAGCUGCACUCCAAGCUGCUGCAGAGUGUGCUCCACCAGCUGCACAGCUUGCCGCAGAUGACGCAGGAUGACAUGAAGAAACUCCUGCCGCAAGAAGAGUCCUCCGCAUCGCAGUGGGAGUCCCCGGCGGAGGUCCGCGCGGGCGCGGUGUGCUCGCUGCGGGCGCGCGCGCGCAGCCGGCGGGUGUCGCUGCAGCGCUGCGCGCUGGCGCUGGAGGCCGCGCUGCAGCUGCUGUGGGCGCACGCGCGCCUCUACCUGCGGCUCACCGCGCCCGCCGACGCCGCGACCAAUGGGGACGCUUCAAUGACAUUAGCAACGGCGUGGCGCGGCGCAGGCGGCGCCGAGUUACCGGAGCUGCGCAAGGAGCUCAUAGCGGUGUUCAACGACAGAUUCGUCGAUCAACUGCUCGAGACAGCCAAGAGUCAACCGCCUUCCUACCGCGGGUUCAUGGAAGUAAUUCUAAAGGACAUUAAGAGCAUGAUACAAUUCUCACCGUUGUAGAACAAUAGGUUUCGAUCAUUUGUAUGUUAAUAUAAUCUAUUUGGCUA